GAGGAAAUUAAAGUUGCGCGCGCGCCACAUUCAUCCCAUACCCAUUGCUGGAGAAAUCGACCGUCUCGUCUAAUCCGGAAGAGAAAAUCGAGUCUGAGGACAAAGGUGAGGAACGGAAAGGAAGAGGAAACAACAACUUUAACGGGAUGACGAAGUCCUGGGAGAAGCACCAGCAGCUUCUUUACGAGCUGUAUAUCGAGCAGAAGCAUAAGUUGAGGCAAGUGAUGCAGAUUAUGAAGGAAAAUCACGAUUUUGUGGCUUGGUAUGUGUGGGGCGGAGGAACUAUUUUCCCUUAACCACCCCCUCUCGUCACCUGAAAGUUAGUUGGUUUAUUAUUAAUGGUUAUUAAUAUAGUCGGAGAACAUAUAUGAAAAUGUUCGGCCGCUGGGGAUACCAAAAAAAUAGGAAGUCUCAAAAGGCCCGCCGAGAGAGAGGCGUGUCGAGGGAGUUAAAUGCACGGCUACGUUCUGCCGCCGAACGACCGCGGGAGCGGCUCGAUAUGGCUUCAGAGACAGUGAUUGAUACCUGCGAAACAAAUGGAUAUAAUCCCACAAUCAAAAUUAAUGGUAAGACCACUCCACCCUCCCUCCGCACCACCGGUGGUCAGUACUGAAGCUGCAGGAGACCCCGAAGUUGCUCACCAGACCGAAGUAGUAGUUCGAGGAAGCACUCCAACAGAGGCCACUGUUGGGUCGGUAGUUAGCCAUCAAUCCAUCGGUGGAUCUUCCUCCCCCUUAGAUAAGUUCAGGGAUUCAGACGACGUAUUAAACAACCCCCACUCCCCGAGACCUAUUCAAACGGAUAUCAUAGCUGAUGCGCUUUCUGGCACGCAAAGCUAUACAAAUAUUUGCAAUCAAUCCAAGGACUACUGCUCCUUAACGAAAUUGAGAAGAACGCCCGGCUCUCUGGGAACCCUGGUACCCUCCCUGAUCAGUUCCUCCCCAGCCCGGCAUCCACUGACCAUUUAUCAGACCCCCACCUCCCUGUGAUGUCAGGAUACCGGCAAGCCCUAGGAGGGGUCCUUUCCGGCGACACCCUUGUUAGUUAGGGACGACCGGGCAGAUAAUUUUUUAAGUUAAAUAAUACUAUGGUAACUCUACGUGUCAACAUGCAGUUUAACACGACAGGGGAUGAGGGGCGGGUUUCUCAUUUAUCUUUACGACUUAAGUUACAGCGGGUGGCCGAUGUGAAAUUGGGGUAUCGGCGGAGGAUAGUUCCCGGUCCAACGCACUCUUCAUUCCUUUUGCUUGUCAGCUCUUUUAUUUAUCUUGCAGGCGUAUCGCAGCAUCUAUCUUAGCUGAGGAUCACGGCUUGUCAUUCGGUUGGUUACGAUGCAUAUUUGUCACGCUCAUUUCCCUAUCGUCGCUUGGACGGGCAUUCGGUUUUCGGAGCGAAUGGCUGGCGAUCAGUUCGGUUAUUCACACUUCCACUUUAUUUCCUUGCGUCUAGUUCGCUUAUUUGUUGGUGUUGGGUUAGUUGGUUGGUGUUUGGUGUUUGGGCGGUUGGUGUUUGGUUGAUAGGGCGGUCAGUCGGUAGGCUUGGUUCACCGCCCGUCAUUCAGUCUGAUUAUUCGACGGUUGGGUGGGUGGUGUUAUGGAUCUUUGAAUUAGGUGUGGGGGCUAUUAGUUGGGAAGUGUUGUGGGUCACGGUAGGGAAAAUGUCGGUAUAGGUUUUAGUAUGCAGAAGAGAAGCACUCGUUAGUCGGGGGAGGGGGGGGGGGAGGAUGGGGAGCUCUACAAGUACACUCAUUAGACGGAACCAGAGUAUUUCAUUUGUUCCGAUAGGACGGGAGAAGCACCGGAAGGAUGGUUUUCACUUUCUGGGAAACAAAGCUCAUUCGUUUAGUUUCUUUACUUUGUCUGGUUUUACUUUCCUGGGCGGACGGGAUUGCGGGAACUUGGGGCCGGCUGGGGUUCUCCUGUUGUAUCGUGUUCCUGGCGGAUGAGAUUUUUCAACUCCUGUCAUCGGUCGAGCGUACCGAAUUACGAUACAAUAAUAUUAUGAUACCUCGCACUUUG